CUCAUUGCUCAUUGCUCAUUGCUCAUUGCUCAUUCCUCAUUAGUGACUUUUCUCUGUUCUCUGUUCUCUGUUUCUAUCAGUUUGGUCUUUAGAGCGAAAAGUCCCAUUUUUUUUCUCUCUCUGUAAGAAGACCAACUUUCUCUGUAUACAGUUAUUUUCUCAUUUUCUCAUUUUCUCUCACUAACAUAUAUGGAGGAGAAAGAGAAUUAGCCCAGAUACGUUGUUCAUCAAUCAUUUCCUUUUCCGCACAAGGAUACCUAAACAAUUUCAAUUUUGAUCUCUUCAUCUCCUAUAAUAGUCACUUUUCUCUGUUCUCUGUUUCUAUAAUGCUCUCACUUUCUCACUUCAUCUCUUCAUAGCUCAAGAAAGAAGAGACAUGGGGACUAGAGUUCUCAUGCUCUCUCUCUAUUUAUCUCUUCUACUUCUCAUGGAUGCCACCACAGCUCAGAUGCCAGGUUUUGUAAGCUUGGACUGUGGAGGUACGAAUAAUUUCACUGAUGAAGUUGGCCUUGUGUGGACUCCUGAUAAUCAAAUCAUAUAUGGGGAGACAACUAAUAUAUCUGUAGCAAAUGAGACAAGGAAGCAAUACAUGACACUGAGAUACUUCCCUGCAGAUAGCAGAAAGUAUUGCUACACACUUGAAGUCGUAAGUAGGACUAGGUACCUUCUAAGGGCAACUUUCUUGUAUGGUAACUUUGUCAACAAUAACGUUUAUCCAAAGUUUGACGUCUCCCUUGGGGCAACUCGUUGGGCUACUAUAGUCAUUUCCGAUGCUUAUACAAUCGAGGUUCAAGAGUUGAUAUUUCUGGCUACAGAUCCUACCAUUAGUGUGUGCCUGUCUAAUGCUACGACCGGGCAGCCAUUUAUCUCUACCCUUGAGCUCCGGCAAUUUAAUGGUUCGAUGUACCUUACUGAAUUUGAGAACCAGUUUUUUCUGAGUGCCUCCGCAAGAAUAAAUUUUGGUGCAGAUAAUGAAAAUCCAGUCAGGUAUCCGGAUGACCCAUUCGAUAGAAUAUGGCAGUCUGACUCUGUGAAGAAAGCAAAUUAUCUUGUUGAUGUUGCUGCUGGAACUGAAAAAGUAUCCACCCGAAUGCCAAUUUUUGUUAACAGUGGCGAAAGACCACCUCAGAAAGUUAUGCAGACAGCAGUAGUUGGCAGAAAUGGAUCAUUGACAUACCACUUGAACAUUGAUGGUUUUCCGGGUUCUGGUUGGGCAUUCACUUACUUUGCAGAAAUUGAAGAUAUGGGUCCAUCUGAUACAAGAAAAUUUAGGUUAUUGCUCCCAGGCAGGCCUGAUCUCAGGAAACCUAUUGUCAAUAUUCAAGAAAAUGCUCAAGGAAAAUAUCGUCUAUAUGAGCCGGGAUACUACAACAUAUCCCUGCCCUUUGUGCUAUCUUUUAGGUUUGGGAAGACAUCUGAUUCUACCAUGGGGCCUCUCCUGAAUGCAAUGGAGAUACUUAAGUAUCUGAAGAAAAAUGAUGGUUCUUUGGAUGGAUCAGUUAUUGCUAGUGUAGCAUCACUUUACUCAUCCAUGGAUUGGGCACAAGAAGGUGGGGACCCAUGCCUGCCAGUUCCAUGGUCCUGGAUCCAGUGUAAUUCAGAUCCUCAACCAAGUAUAGUUUCAAUCAAAUUAAGUGGGAAGAAUUUGACGGGGAGUAUUGCUUCAGACUUGGCAAAGUUGGGCGGCUUGGUCGAGUUAUGGCUCGAUGGAAAUGCGCUGUCUGGUCAAAUUCCUGAUUUUACUGGAUGCACAAGCUUGAAGAUAAUACAUCUUGAGGACAACCGUUUGACUGGUGACCUGCCUUCUUCCUUAGUGGACCUACCAAAUCUGAGAGAACUGUAUGUGCAGAAUAACAUGCUCUCUGGAACAGUGCCUUCAGGUCUUUUGAAUAAAAAUCUAAUUUUGAACUACACUGGGAACAUUAAUCUCAGUAAAGGAGGCAGCGGAGGGAGCCACAGAAAAAUCAUUAUUGGGUCAUCAGUUGGGGCUGCUGUUCUGCUAAUUGCCACAAUAACCUCUUGCCUAUUAAUGCAGAAAGGAAAGAAGAAAUAUCCUAAGCAAGACAAGCUUGAACCAGACAUGCCUGCUCAAAGGUUUGUUUCUUCCUUGGGUGAUGCUGCCACAGAAGCUGCACAUUGCUUCACAUUAUCUGAACUCGAAGAGGCUACAAAUAACUUUGAGAAGAAAGUUGGUUCAGGAGGUUUUGGGGUUGUGUACUAUGGAAAGUUAAAAGAUGGAAAGGAAAUUGCAGUGAAAGUAUUGACAAGUAAUUCCUACCAGGGCAAGCGAGAAUUUUCUAAUGAGGUAACAUUGCUUAUGAUUUAA